CCCAUGAGCACUCGCGCUUAUCGUCAAUCCGCUGCUGUCAUUAAGGCGACGGACAAAAACGUGCGAACGCAAAAACCUGCUGGAACCGGAGAAGUUGACUUGCUUUACCAUGUUGACAUUGACAUUGAGACAGCUGAUCAGGCCCGUGUGCCGGCGCGUUACGGCCACGGCCGGCGUCAGAUCCCAGCAUUCGGCGGCGGCGUUCGCCGACGACGAGCGCUCGUGGACGGGACAGGAGAGUCUGGCUCAGGACGACCCGGAGAUGUGGGACCUUCUGCAGAAGGAGAAGGACAGACAGUGCCGAGGACUGGAGCUCAUCGCCUCUGAGAACUUCUGCAGUCGUGCGGCUCUUGAGGCUCAAGGUUCGUGUCUCAACAACAAGUACUCUGAAGGAUACCCGGGAAAAAGGUAUUACGGCGGUGCGGAGGUGGUUGAUCAGAUCGAGUUGUUGUGUCAGAAGAGGGCGCUGGAGGCGUUUGACCUCGACCCGGCGCUGUGGGGCGUCAAUGUUCAGCCCUACUCCGGAUCUCCAGCUAAUUUCGCCGCUUACACGGCCGUCCUGAACCCUCACGAGCGCAUCAUGGGCCUGGACCUGCCCGACGGCGGACAUCUCACUCACGGAUACAUGUCUGACGUCAAGCGGAUCUCGGCCACCUCCAUCUACUUUGAGUCGAUGCCCUACAAACUCAACACUAAAUCCGGUCUGAUAGACUACGAUCAGAUGGAGUUGACGGCUCGACUCUUCCGACCCAAACUCAUCAUCGCCGGCACCAGCGCUUACGCUCGCCUCAUCGACUACAGCCGCAUCAAGAAGCUGUGCACCGAGCUGAACGCGUACAUGCUGGCGGACAUGGCUCACAUCAGCGGGCUGGUGGCCGGGAAAGCCAUUCCCUCGCCGUUCGAACACUCCGACCUCGUCACCACGACCACCCACAAAUCGCUGCGAGGAUCCAGGGCGGGGCUUAUAUUCUACCGUAAGGGCGUGCGCUCGGUGGAUAAGAAGGGCAAGGAGGUCAUGUACGACCUGGAGGAGAAGGUCAACUUCUCUGUGUUCCCUUCACUUCAGGGCGGCCCGCACAAUCACGCCAUCGCCGGCGUCGCCGUGGCUCUCAGACAGGCCACGACGCCCAUGUUUCGUGAAUACGUCGCUCAGGUUCUGAAGAACUCCAAGGCCAUGGCCGACGCGCUGCUGAAGAAGGGCUACACGCUGGUCUCGGGAGGAACCGAUAAUCAUCUGGUUCUGAUGGACCUGAGGCCUCAGGGGAUGGACGGAGCGCGUGCGGAGCGGGUUCUGGAGCUGGUGUCCAUCACGGCCAACAAGAACACCUGUCCCGGAGACAAGAGCGCGCUGACGCCCGGCGGCCUGAGACUCGGAACCCCUGCUCUCACGUCCCGCCAGUUCAAGGAGUCUGAUUUCCAGCAGGUGGUGGAUUUCAUCGAUCAGGGCAUCAAGAUCGCUCUGGACGUCAAGAAGAAGACCAAAAAACUGUCAGAUUUCAAGAGUUUCCUGCUGGAGGACGCAGAGACGGCGUCUCGUAUCGCUGAUCUGCGCGGUCGCGUGGAGGCUUUCGCCCGUCCGUUCCCCAUGCCUGGAUUCCACGACCAUUAAAGCAGCCGAUCCUGGUAACCAGGAGCAGAUCAACCGUUAGACCUGCGAACAUGCGUGUUUUUUCUUUUUUUUUGUUUGUUUGUUUUUUGUUUUGUUUUUUUUAGGUUUAGCUUUAAGAUCAAUCACUACAUUAAUAAUCAUUUGCUGGAACUAAAGUCUUAAAACAACCAGUAGUGCGCAUAGACUCUGACGUGAACGUUCACAGCACAGCUCCAGAAUCCGGACGGAUCGAACGAGAUGGAACGGAACGCGCUGGACGGUUUGUGACGGUAGAUUCAGUGACAUUAGAAGCGAGUUUCCCUGCUGCGGAUGAUUUAUUCCUCACGUAUGAUCCUUUUUUGCUGUUCAGGACUCGACUAACAUCUUUAUCUUACAUUUGGAGCGAGGAACAAAGAUUUCUAACAGACUAAUGAUGCUAAAUGUUUACAGACUGCGAUUCUCAUUUUCGUUCUGAGCCGUUUUUCUACUUGCGUUCUUCUCCUCCUUUGAUAAUCGAAGCUGUUUUGUAAAUGUACAGUAGUGUGUGUAAAGACUGUAACUGUGUUGUUGGAGUUUGUAUGGGUCGGCUCUCAUCUCGAGCGAUUUCUGAGCGUUUACCGCAGUGGCGUACGGCGCGAUUGUGAACAAACGCGCUGGUAUCGAUAAAUACUUUCAGCCUCUUCUUCACGUUGCACACGUCUGCAAUCCUCCACCUUCAUUCUCCUGGAUUCUGCCUGACAAAACACCUUUUUAUCACAAAAUGAUUCUUUUUAAAUGGACAGAUCUUUACAAAUGAUUUUCUAAAAACCUCUAAUCCCAAUAAAAUCGUGCCGUAGGAAAAUGCAA